AUGAUUGUGAAUUGCGAGCCCAGCGACCUUAAUUCCAACGACACGAGCUCCAAAUCGAUUAGCGAGACGGUGAAUGGCUCUCACAGUUUCACCAUUAAAGGCUACUCCCUCGCCAAGGGUAUAGGACCCGGCAAGUACAUAUCCAGCGACACUUUCAGCGUCGGCGGUUACGAUUGGGCGGUUUACUUCUACCCUGAUGGAAAGAAUAUCGAGGAUUCCUCCAUGUACGUUUCGGUGUUCAUCGCGCUGGCCAGCGAGGGUACCGACGUCCGGGCGUUGUUUGAACUCACGCUCUUGGACCAGAGCGGGAAGGGUAAGCACAAAGUUCACAGCCAUUUUGAUCGUGCCUUGGAGAGCGGCCCUUAUACUUUGAAAUACAGAGGAAGCAUGUGGGGCUACAAGCGUUUCUUUAGAAGGACCAGUUUAGAAACCUCUGACUACCUGAAGGAUGACUCCCUUGCGAUGCAUUGUACUGUUGGAGUUGUUAAAACCCGUGUCGAAGCACCAAAGCAGUAUAGCAUUGCUAUUCCACCAUCAAGCAUGGGACAUGAUCUCAAGAACUUGCUUGAAUCUGAAAUGGGCUGUGAUAUAAAGUUUCAGGUCGGUGAUGAGACAUUCAAGGCUCAUAAGUUGAUACUUGCUGCUCGCUCUCCUGUUUUUAGAGCUCAAUUUUUCGGACUCAUUGGAGAUCCUAAUGUAGACAAAGUAGACGUCGAAGAUAUAGAACCUUCCAUCUUCAAGGUUAUGCUCCAGUAUAUUUACUCUGAUAGCCUCCCUGAUCUACAUGAGAUCACUGGAUCGACAUCCAUAUGCACGUCUACCAUCAUGAUGCAGCAUCUCCUGGCUGCUGCUGAUCGGUAUGGUUUAGAAAGGUUGAAACAGUUAUGUGAAGCAAGAUUGUGUGAAGAUAUCAACGCUGAUACCGUAGCAACAACUCUUUCCCUAGCUGAAUUACAUCAUUCUGCACAGCUCAAAGCCAUGUGCUUGAAAUUUGCAGCAACAAACUUGGGAGCGGUUAUGCAGUCAGAUGGUUUCAAACAGUUGGAAGAGAGCUGUCCCUCGCUGUUGUCUGAGUUGCUGGAAACAAUAGCAUUGGUUGAUGAUAAGCCAAACUCAAUCUCCGGUAAGAAAAGAAGCGGUAGCAGUAUAUUCGGGCUAGACUUGGCAGGUGAUGGUGGUGCCGCAGAGUCGGUGAAUCCCCACAUCAGGCGUGUUCGGAGGCGGGUGUAA